UGCACACGAAUGGCAAAAUCCUAGUCACCCUUAUGAUUUUUCUUUUCCCUUGAAGAAAAAAUGAGGGCUGUGCCUGUUAGAACCCAGGGCGGGGAGGUGAAGAGUAAAGUGAAACUGAUGAGGAUCCAGAUUUAUACCUUAUGGUUCACACGAAGUUCUCGAAGCCAUCCAGUCUUUUGAAAACCACUGCUAAUUAAAGCAGUGUCUGCUGAUAAUGUAAGUCUGAGAUGCACUGUUUGAAUGGAUCUUUUGCUAGAGCUCUGUGUGAUGGUCUCUUCUGGUGAUUCUGAAGCCAAACCUCUGAUCUUCACAUUUGUCCCCACUGUCAGAAGACUACCAACCCACUCCCAGUUGGGUGACACCUCUAAAUUCAUUGUUAAAAUUCCUGAGGAACCAAGUGAUAAGACUCCAGAAACUGUAAAUAGGUCUGAUUCCAAUGAGUACUUGACCUUGAAUGUUGGGAGCCAACGGGAGAGAGACGGAGGAACAUUGACUUAUCCUUUAGAGGUCAAGGACAAGGCUUCCCAAGGAAGGGGAUUUAAAGCAAACGAACCUCAAGGAAUGCAGCAAAGUGACCUCUUCAAAGCUGAAUAUGUUUUUAUUGUGGACUCUGAGGGGGAAGAUGAAGCUCCAAGCAGACAAGGUGAACAAGGCCCCCCAGGAGGGAUGGGCACCACAGCUGCUCGGCCCACGUCUCUAGCAAUCUCCUCCAGUCUGGUCUCUGAUGUGGUACGCCCCAAAACUCGGGGGGCAGACCUCCAGGUUCUGUCACAUCCUGAAAUGCCUCAUGGGAUGGCUCCUCAGCAAAAACAUGGGCCGUUAACUUCUCCCACUGCCUCUGAGCAGCUUGCCUAUAAACCACCUGCUUUCUCCUUUGUUUCUCCAACUAAUCAGAAAACACCACCUGUCCCAGUCGACCUAGCCGGAGCCUCUGUCCUGGAGGAGUUCCACCCGAGGAGGCUGGAUGUCAGUGGGGCCCUGGUGGAAGAAACAGCCAUGUACUUUCAAACUUCCGCUCACUCUGCACCAUUUUUUGCACCGAAGGGCACGUCCUCGACGUCACAGUUCCCCCAUCCCGCUCAAUUAUCAGGUUCUCACUCAUCCAGUCCAAGUGCAGUCCAGCAAAAACCUGGCCUGACGUCUGAAGUCCUCAAGAAGACUGUCACCUCGCAUGUCCUUAGUCCCAGAGAAAGUCCGAGAACCUCUUCUCCUUCGCUGCCCUCCGGUGCUUCUCUGAAGUCGAAUUCAGCCUCCUACAUCCCGGUCCGCAUCGUCACGCACUCACUCUCUCCGAGUCCCAAACCCUUCCCCUCCCCUUUCCACGGCUCUUCUUCCACUGUCUGUAGCGAAGUGUCAUCCAGCGGGAACUUCUCAACGUCAGGGGUGAAAUCCCCAGUGCCCUCCCGGCUUUCCCUCCUAACUGCCAUCCUCAAGUCCAACCCUUCUCACCAAAGACCCCUUUCCCCGGCAUCCUGUCCCACCUUCUCUCUCAACUCCCUGGCUUCUUCCAGCCUCACACUCGAUCAAAAAAUUAAACAAACCUCUCCUACGCCUAAAAAAUCCCUCUCAAGUUGCUCCCUGCGAGCGGCGUCUCCAGAGCAAAGGGAAAACCAGGUUUCUGAUCUCAGCCAGCAAUCCUUUCCCUUCCCUUUUUCCACUAAAGCUGCUCCCCUUCCUCUGGCAUCCUCCCUUUCUCCCCCGAAACAGGGCAGUAGCAGCCUUGCUUCUUUGAAUGUAGAGAAAACGCCAUCCCCCACUUCUUUAAAGAGCAGCCCAAUGAUUUCCCAGCUGCAAACCAGUACCUCCAGUUCUACAGGUCUGCCUCCUGUCCCUCCAAGCUUUUCUCCUUUGUUUUCCAAGGGCAGACAGGAUGCUGACCUCAGGGGCCCAGGAAAGCCCAGGGAUAUUUCCCCACAUCCUUCUACGUUAGCCUCGUCGGCAUCGUCUUCGGUGUCUCCUCCCACUAACCCAAGAGCCAGGCUCCCCUCUCCAGAGAAAUGCUACCAUCCUUCCCCAGCUCUUUCAAACCUGAUAAACAGAUCCAAGAGAGCAUCAGCACCUCUCUCUGGCCCGGGGCAGACGCCUUUAGCUCCUCCCCCACACCCUGUCUCCAGCGCUGGCUCUGCCUCUCUUCCCCAACUGGGGUGCUCCGCUCUCCCUCGUGCUAAUCCGCCCUCCGAGGUGCGCCACCUCAGUCCCUCAGCGCUGCACCCAAAUCUUACCCUGCCUUCAAGACUUGGGAAAUCCGAAAGCUCCAUAUCUGACCACAGGUCAUCUGUUUCAUCCCCAUCACCUCCCAUCUCUUUAACAAGAACCAACGAGCUGAUUUCACCUUGUGCAUUGUCCAUGUCAACAGGCCCUGAAAAUAAGAAACACAAGCAAUACAAGACCAAGUCCAGCUACAAGGCUUUUGCAGCAAUCCCAACAAACACAUUGCUUUUGGAACAGAAGGCACUAGACGAACCAGCCAAGACAGAGAGCAUCUCCAAGGACAACACAUUAGAUCCACCUCUGGAGUUGUGUUUCCCUGAACAGCUCAGGCAGCAAACUGAAGAGCUCUGUGCUACCAUUGAUAAGGUCUUACAGGAUUCCUUGUCUAUGCAUUCUUCUGAUUCUCCUUCAAGUUCCCUACAGACAUUUUUGGGUUCUGACACAAUGAAAAUGCCUACAACUCUUCCAAGAGCAGCUGGUCGAGAAACCAAAUAUGCAAACCUCGCCUCACCAUCUUCUACGGUAUCUGAGAGUCAGCUGACGAAGCCUGGAGUAAUUCGUCCCGUACCUGUAAAGUCCAAAAUAUUACUGAGAAAAGAGGAGGAAGUCUAUGAACCCAACCCUUUCAGUAAAUACCUGGAAGAGCACAGUGACUUCUUUUCUGAUCAGGAUGUGCCUGUCCCUCCCAAGCCUUUUUCUCUCCAUCCUUUAUAUCAAACUAAACUCCAUCCUCCUGCUAAGUCUCUGAUGCAUCCACAGACCCUCCCACAUGCUGACUGUCUUACCCCAGGACCCUUCAGUCACUUGUCCUCCUUCUCCCUGAGUGAUGAACAGGAGAAUUCUCACACCCUGUCUAGUCACAACGCAUAUAAUAAGUUGAGUCAUCCAAUGAUGGCUAUUCCGGAACACGAAACUCUUGAUUCUGAAGAGCAAUGAAGAUGAAGAAGUGAAAACCCAGACUGAGCUGAAGCUUUUUGGAGUGCUGGUGCUAAUCACUUGCUAGAUUUAACUUUUAUUACUAUUUUUUUUCAGUCUUAGUGUUUCCUUUAUGAACUGCAGUGGAACUAAAAAAAAGUUUCCUGCAGGCAUAUAACAUGGAAGUACUCACUAAUACCUGACAUAGGAGAUAUUUACCUACAGUUUCUCCCACCACUGUUAGAGCCUUGAAUGCCUUCUAUUAAGCUGACAGCAAUAUUAACAUGCCCCUCUGUUUAGCAGCCAAAUCACAGGGAAAUAGAAGGAUGGGUGUGACGAUUUUUCAACACCAGUUUUUUUUUUUGUUUUUUUUUUGUUUUUUUUUGCGGUACGCUGGCCUCUCACUGUUGUGGCCUCUCCCUUCGCGGAGCCCAGGCUCCGGACGCGCAGGCUCAGCGGCCAUGGCUCACGGGCCCAGCCGCUCUGCGGCAUGUGGGAUCUUCCCGGACCGGGGCACGAAUCCGUGUCCCCUGCAUCAGCAGGCGGACUCUCAACCACUGCGCCACCAGGGAAGCCCAACACCAGUUUUAUUUAAUGCACACAUUACUCCCUGAAUCAAGAUUUAUUCCCCUUCUGCUUAAUUUCUUUUUCAUGUAAAAAAAAAAGAACAGCAACUUUUUAAAAAGGAGCCCCUGCCUGCUUUCAGGAGUUCAUUGGGGGAGCUCUUGAAUGUGAGAAAGUUGGUAUUUUCACAAAACGCAUGCUAUUUUCCUGUUCUGUUUGGGUCCUGUGCUUGAUGGGACAGACAGUCAUGUUGAGGUGGUGUUGCUGGAAUGUUUCUAACAUCACUGUCUCUCUGACCAUCACCACAUGAUUCUUGCAAAGGCUACUUCAGUGUUAGUUUGUACCCAUAAUCUUGGGAGCAGCCAAGACUAUAGAGCAAACCACACUGUUGGUGACAAUCCCGGAGCCAACCUCCAGCAGGCCCAAUGCCCACCAUAUUGGCCGUGGUCUCUUUUUUCCCAGCUGCCAUCCUCAGUAUCCUGUGCUCACCUUUUCUAAGUGGUUUCCUUUUUCUAGCCUUCUACUGGGGCAACACACUAAGGAAGAGUCCACAAUAGUUCUGGACAGUGAGCUCCUGGUAGCAGAGGACUCUCAGUAGAGACUAUACCCUUGCACACAACACAUGCUCCCCUGGGAGCCAGCUCUGUCCGAGCCACGGCUCCCUCAGACCACUGCUCCAUCACCCCCAUCAUCCUGCCACAGGCCAUUUUGGAAGGCUCCAUUGCCAGUCAUCAGUUGGCACCUGGAAACACAAAGUUCUCAUCAUCUCCUCCAUUAGUGCGUGAGAAGCAGUGGAACCUUAAUAAAGCUUUCUGCUCUCUCUCCUCCCCUAAACAAAAAUCUCUACCUGCUAAAUUGUGUGAGGCAUCACUUUAGAUUAUUGAUAACCAUCUCUAGUAUUCAGUGUGCUCUGAUCAUGUGUCAGGCACCAUGAAUUUGAUUUAACCUUCACAAUGAGCCUAUGAGACAGGUAAUAGUAUUUUUCAGAUUUUAUGUUUGUAAGAAUAGGCUUCAAAAGGUUAAAUCAAGCUAGUAAGUGGUAGAGACAGAAUUAACAUUCAGAUAAUCAGAUUCUAAGACCAAGUUAUUUAUUCAAUCAUUUGUCCAUUCAUUUUUGACUUUGAGAAUAAAAGAUUGAGUUGAUCACACUCCCUAGUUCAUUGCUGUUGUAAGUUUGGGCAAGACCCCCUCUUCUGUGUACUUGUUGAUUGGAUGACUGAUUGAUUAACUUUUAUAACAAUUUCUAUCUUCCCUUCUGCUAAAAGCACACAUUCUUGUGUUUGAUAAAUAUUCUUUACCUAUAUAUGUUUUGAGGAUGUGCAUUGUUUUUCUCUGCAUAUGUAUUUAAUAAAAGUA